GUCCAUGUGGAGUAUUAAGCUCUAAUUUUGUAGAUUUAUACGUAUAUUGUUGGCUAUGCCGAUAGGCCAUCUUUCCUUCAGUAAGGUUGAUUCAAUGUUUGAGUUAGAUCAGUUAAAAUGCUGAGAAAGUUCUAAAUUCAUGGUUUGUUUAGUUAGGUCCAAAUGUUAGUCUCUUUAGUCUUUUAGACCAUCACUUUGGGCAAUUUUGAAAGGUAUAGGAGGGUUGCUGAACAAUCUUUAGUUCUUUACAUAUUCAUUUGUUAAUACUUGAAAAGUUCAAAGGGUCAUGAAGGUUAUGUUUAACAACUGCUCUACUAGCACACCGAAUGUAUUUUUGUCCGGUUUCCGUUUACAGAUCAGAUCUGAAGCAGAGAUGGGAAUAAUGGCAUCAUAGGUGUGACCUCUGGGUAGGAUGGAAGUGCGUGGUGCAUGGACCUCAUUGAUCAUCUCCUAUAUAUUCGAUUUCAGAUCCCCAUUCUCUGUAACAUUUCAGCAUAAUUAGUCAGUCACAGUUCAAAUCGAAGAUGAGGCACACUAGAAGCUCUAAGGUUCUUGCAACUUUUGUGCUUAUGUUAGUGAUGACAGGUUUGGUGGUGCAUGGUCAAAGCACUACUUGUACUGUUACCUUCUUUUCAUCACUAAUUCAGCUAAUACCUUGUAGACCAGCAGUGGUUCCUUUUAGCCCCAUCCCACCAAGUGAGGCUUGCUGCACUGCACUUAGAACUUUAGGCCAGUCUUGCCUUUGUGUGCUUGUCAAUGGCCCUCCGAUCUCUGGCGUUGAUCGCAACUUGGCAAUUCAGCUCCCGGAGAAGUGCAAUGCCAACUUUGAACCAUGUAACUGAUCUCUUCUAGCUCCUAUCUCCCACUUUUGUCUCCGGUAUUUGACCCAAGAAGUGUUUAGACAUUAUAUAUCAUUGUGCACAUAAUGCUAUUGUCCCGAAAAUUAAUGUAUAACUGAUCAAUCUGGUUUCUUUUUGUUUGUUGCAGGUUCAAUUAUGAAAUAGAAGUUGAGGCAUAGAGCUGGGGAGUAUUAGUUCUGGAAUAAGUCUGUCUUUUAGAGUUAUAGGAAUCCAUCCUUUUGAUUUUGUAAUAUUUAGAUAAUAAAAAGCUGUCUGUUGAGACUUUAAGCUUUGAUUUGAGAUAUGUAUUCUGUUAUAGUUUGAAUGUUUGAUUGUGUUGUAAUGGAUUGCUAGUUUAAUAAUGGAGUAUUUGCAAUGACAUUGAUUUCUCUCUGUCAUUACUACAUUUCCAUCUCCUAGCUUGUUAUAAUAUGUAGCAGCAGUCACAUUUGACUCUUACAAUUGAA